AUGAAAGGGAUCAAUGAGGGAGCAAAGAUGAAAGUGGUGGCAACAAAGAAUAUGUCGGCGAUGUUGAGCAAGAGGAAAGGAGUGAUUGUGUUAGGAGAUGCAUUCAACAUGCGCCAUCCAGUAAUUGCGUCCGGAAUGAUGGUUUUACUGUCCGAUAUUCUCAUUCUACGCCAUCUUCUCAAGCCGUUAUGCAAUCUCAGCGAUGCUAACAAAGUCUCAGAUAUCCUCGAAUACUUUUACCAUAUCCGCAAGCCAAUGUCUGCGACGGUGAACACAUUGGGAAGUGCAUUUUCUCAAGUGCUGGUUGCAUCGACGGACGAAGCAAAAGAGGCAUUGCGCCAAGGUUUCUUCGAUUACCUUUGUGGUAGUGGCUUGCACAAAUCACAGAUCAUGGCUCUGCUCGGUGGUAUGAACCCGCGGCCACUUUCCCUCAUCCGCCAACUUUUUGCCAUGACCUUAUCCUCUGCUGAAGGGGUGUGGCAAAUGCUAUCUCAAGCUAACGCAGCUGCGUAUCGCAAAAACUUUAUGGCCGCAAAUGCUUCAUAA